CACACUAAAGCCUCGCUCCCUGCAGACGGCUCUGUUACAGAGCUGAAGUCAGAGGGUCCAAGCUGUCAGUCUGUCAUUCCCACCACUGUGUAAGGUGCAGAGGUGAAUUUCUGCCAUAAUGUCUGAUAUAGAAGAUGUGGAAUAUGAGGAGCAGCAGGAGGAAGAACAGGAAGAGGAAGUGGCUGAAGAGUCUGAACUGGAGGAGGAGGCAGCAGAAGAACCCACAGAAGAAGCUGAAGAAGUUACAGAGGAUUAUGGAGAACAUGUAGAAGAGGAGGAGCGCCCCAGGCCAAGACCCAUGCAGCUUGUACCUCCAAAAAUUCCAGAGGGAGAAAGAGUUGACUUUGAUGAUAUUCAUCGGAAGAGGAUGGAAAAGGAUCUCCUGGAACUCCAGACAUUAAUAGAUGUCCAUUUUGAACAACGCAAAAAGGAAGAAGAAGAGUUAAUUGGCCUAAAGGACAGAAUAGAAAAUCGUAGAUCUGAACGGGCAGAGCAACAGCGCUUCAGAACCGAGAAGGAACGAGAGAGACAAGCCAGAAUGGCGGAAGAAAAAAUGAGAAAGGAAGAAGAAGAGGCUAAAAAACGUGCUGAUGAUGAUGCCAAGAAGAAAAAAGUUCUGUCCAACAUGGGAGCCCAGUAUGGAGGUUAUCUCAUGAAGGCAGAGCAGAAGAGAGGGAAGAGACAGACUGGGCGUGAAAUGAAGAGAAAGAUUCUAGCGGAGCGGCACAAACCCAUAGCCACUGAUAACAUGAAUGAAAACCAGCUAAAGGAGAAAGCAAAAGAGCUUACAGACUGGAUGUACCAGCUAGAGUCGGAAAAGUUUGAUCUCAUGGAGAAGAUGAAAACACAGAAAUAUGAGAUCAACGUCCUAUACAACCGUAUAAGCCAUGCACAGAAAUUCAAAAAAGGAGCCGGAAAAGGACGUGUAGGCGGUCGUUGGAAGUAAAGGUCCAUUAUGGUGAUUGUGCUCAGUGCUGGAAAAUAUUGUAUCCAUCCUUCAUGAAGAAAUCUUAUACACCAUGUUACGUCUGUUCCAGAUGACCGUCCAUAAUGACAUACCGCUGCUUGCAAUUGUCCUUUAAUGUACAGUUAAGAACAAUGUCAGCUAAAUGCAUUGUCAGUAACUAAGGUUUCCAUGUAGUUCAAGCCCAACAAUCACAGAAACGUUCCUUGCUAAAUAAAUAACUCUGCAAAAA